UCGCUGCUGCGGCUGUGCCUCCUGCUUCCCCGCGUCACCGCUGCCGCCAUGCCCGGAGGGCUGCUUCUCGGGGACGAAGCCCCCAACUUUGAGGCCAAUACCACCAUUGGCCGCAUCCGCUUCCACGAUUUCCUGGGAGACUCAUGGUGCAUUCUCUUUUCCCACCCACGGGACUUGACCCCAGUGUGUACCACAGAGCUUGGCAGAGCUGCGAAACUGGCACCCGAGUUUGCCAAGAGGAAUGUUAAGUUGAUUGCUCUUUCGAUAGACAGUGUUGAGGACCAUCUUGCCUGGAGCAAGGACAUCAAUGCUUACAAUGGUGAUGAACCCACAGAAAAGUUACCAUUUCCCAUCAUCAAUGACAAGGAGAGGGACCUUGCCAUCCUUUUGGGCAUGUUGGAUCCAGCAGAGAAGGAUGAGAAGGGCAUGCCUGUGACGGCCCGUGUGGUGUUCAUUUUCGGGCCUGACAAGAAACUGAAGCUGUCUAUCCUCUACCUGGCCACCACCGGCAGGAAUUUUGAUGAGAUUCUCAGAGUAAUUAAGUCUCUCGAGCUGACAGCAAUGGAGUGGGUCGCUACCCCAGUUGACUGGAAGGAAGGCGACAGCGUCAUGGUCCUUCCCACCAUCCCUGAAGAGGAAGCCAAACAGCUUUUCCCCACAGGAGUCUUCACCAAAGAGCUCCCAUCUGGCAAGAAAUACCUCCGUUAUACCCCUCAGCCUUAAGUCUUUGUGGGAGUUGAGGCUGCAGCUGCUCCGGCGUGGUGGACUGGAGGAUACCAGCUGACAGUCGUGUGUCCUUGCACCGUUCAGUAAACAUCCAGGCGUGAUCACAGCCUAAGUCACUAUACUACUGGCUCAUU